GUGGUCGCGGUCGCCGGGCCUCUCCGGUGCCCCCAACGGCCGCCACCGCCGCUUACGGGCCUUUCGAGGAGCCGCUGUCAGUCAGCGACGCGGUUUCCACAACACCUGAUCCACCAUGGCUGAUGACCUGGACUUCGAGACCGGCGAUGCCGGCGCCUCUGCCACCUUCCCCAUGCAGUGCUCCGCCCUCCGGAAGAACGGAUUUGUGGUGCUCAAGGGGCGUCCUUGCAAGAUUGUGGAGAUGUCCACUUCGAAGACGGGCAAGCACGGCCACGCCAAACUUAUUGGGAUCCAGGAUGGCUACCUUUCUCUGCUCCAGGACAGCGGGGAUGUCCGGGAGGAUCUGCGUCUCCCUGAGGGAGACCUGGGCAAGGAGAUCGAACAGAAAUACGACAGCGGAGAAGAAAUCCUGAUCACCGUUCUGUCUGCAAUGACCGAGGAAGCUGCUGUCGCCAUCAAAGCCAUGGCUAAAUAAAGGAACCGCAGGCAACAGCCGCAGCCGCAACAAACUUCUAACGAACCAGAGAGGAAUCGCAACCCACA